GCGCUGCGUGAAGCGGCCAGUUUGGGUCGGUGCUGCAACCACCAGUUUCUCCACUUUAAGAAAGAGUCAACUUAGUUGCACAAGUGUUUCCCCUGGUAGUUUUUGUUGCAAUGAGCUUUCAACUUCUGCAUCCUCCCAACGUCGAACCGUCACCUCUUCCCACCCCGACCACCUCCCUCUUCAGACGGGUUGCAAUUUGCACACGGCUGCGUUGGUUAUUUGCACUAAUUACGAUGUAGGAUGGGUGCAAAUAUUCGCAAUCGGCGUGUGGAGAGCCAGCAAAGCUUCAGCCAGAGAAAAGCGGAGUUGAAUCUGUGAAAGGUUUUCUUUUUUCCACUAGAAAUUUGGGUUUGAUAUUUCCCUCCAGUGAUGUUCAAAAGCAAGGAUCCGGAGAGACGUCACAUUUUGGCAGAGCAGAGCAAAGCGUACACCCUCCCGGGAAGUGUGCCAAACCAUGAAGAACUGCAGAAGGAUGGGACUUUCAAGCAUUGUCACGAUAACAGCUUCGCUCAGCAGAACCGAGAGACGGAGAAAAAGGUCGCCAGGAGGAGGUUGUACGUAGUUUCCAUCGUCUGUCUGCUCUUCAUGAUAGGCGAGAUUGCUGGAGGAUAUUUGGCAGGAAGCCUCGCAGUGAUGACGGAUGCUGCUCACCUUCUGACUGACCUAGCCAGCUUUGUCAUUAGCUUGUUUUCCCUCUGGCUUUCCUCUAAACCUGCCACACAAAGGCUCAGCUACGGCUGGCAUCGUGCAGAAAUCUUGGGUGCUCUGCUGUCAGUUUUCACCAUCUGGGUCGUCACAGGAGUGCUGGUUUAUCUUGCUGUGGAGCGCAUCGUCCAUGAUGACUACGAGAUCGAGGGCCAUGUGAUGCUCAUUACCUCAGGCUGUGCAGUGGUGGCCAACAUUAUAAUGGCUUUAACUCUUCACCAGUCGGGUCACGGCCACAGUCAUGGCGGACUCGCGUCACACGGACACAGUCAUGGCGGACUCGCGUCACACGGACACAGUCAUGGCGGACUCGCGUCACACGGCCACAGUCACAGUCCCAAGAGAGGAAAAGAAAAGACUCAGACCCCAAACAACAUCUAUUCAAAUGACUGCAUAGACAUGGAAGAAAACCAUGCAAGCAACGGAAAGAGGGCUCAGCAGGCGAAUGCAAGUGUGCGAGCAGCUUUUGUGCAUGUGAUGGGAGACCUUCUCCAAAGUGUUAGCGUGCUCGUCAGUGCCAUCAUCAUCUUCUUCAAGCCAGAAUAUAAAAUCGCAGAUCCGAUCUGUACCUUCUUGUUCUCCAUUCUGGUCCUAUGCACCACCUUCACCAUCAUGAGGGACAUCCUUCUUGUUCUAAUGGAGGGUACGCCAUCGGGGGUGAGGUACAGUGAGGUGCGAGACCGUUUGUUAACUGUAAACGGAGUCAAAGCAGUUCACAACCUUCACAUCUGGGCGCUCACCAUGAAUCAGGCAGUUCUCUCUGCACACAUAGCAAUAGAUGAUUCGGUUGAUGCUCAGACCGUCCUGAGGGAAAUGACCCAGGCCUGUUUCUCCUCCUACAACUUCCACUCCAUUACCAUUCAAAUGGAGCGGCAGGCUGACCUGAAGCCUGGAUGUACGCUGUGUGAAAAUCCGAAAAACUAGGAACCCGACGAGACUCGUUUCCAUAGCUACUAGGACGGCCGGGAAAGAUUUUCUUUUACUGCAGCGUCUCAGACAAACUUAUGUUACUGUAUGUUAUGUGCACUUUGUACUAAUUCCUAUAAUUGUGGGUAUUUAAUGACAAUUAGGAUGGCACAAACUGUAAAGAAAACAAUAGUUUGACUCAUUGCAAAAGAAAAAUUACAUUAAACUCUAAUUUGUUCUUUUCUUCUUUCUGAAUUUUAA